AUGCAAACAGCCAUUCGUGCAUCCUCCUCGGCGAAUGGAAAUGAGGGAUUCCGAAAUAAUACAACCGUGGUGAGGAAUCAGGGAUCCUCAUCAUCAACAAGUUCUCGUGGAACACAUAAUACCUCCACACCUCGUGAUUUGGACGGGGAGUUUAAAAAAACUUUUGAAUAUUUGAAGGAGUUGGAAGAGAAAAACAAACAAGAUAUUCCGAAAAUUACAAGUGCUGAUUAUUUGGAUAUGAGAAUGAAAAAAGAAAAUCCAACAACUAAAAAACCCUCUCAAAAAAGAAAGGAGGAGCCUCCGAAGAAGUUUGAUUUACAAGCUCUUGCUAAACACAUGAUUUAUGAUGAAAUUGUAAUUCCUCCUGAAUUACAAGCAUCCUACAUUGAGCAACAAAAAAGAUUAAAAUUAGAGGAAAAAAGAAAACAAGCCACCGAAGAGAAGGGAGCAAGUCAACAACAACAAAAAUCAUCGUCAAAUAAUGGCAGCUCCAAAAAAUCAUCUACCACACCUACUUCCUCACAGCAAUCUAAAAAGAAAUCAUCAGGAAACGAUCAUUCAGCCAUACGAAAUCAAAAUGUAAAUAAGAAAACCCACAACGCUGUAAAUCAUACAAACAACAUGCUUGACACACGAUCUUUUGACCUUCCAUCAAUCAAAAAAAAGAAUGCUGGUAGUAGCAACUCUUCACUGGAGGAAAGACCUUCAUCAUCAAGUACUUCCUUCAAAAUUCCCAAAAAAAGUGGAGCAACGAGUAUUGUCAGUUCUACGCCAUCCUCUUCCAAAACAACUUCAAAAGUUUCACAAGCACCACCUCCUCAAAGAUCUCAACAAAAGACAGUAGUCCAAAAACCACCAUCGAGCUCUGCAGUGUCACGCGCAUCAACAUCAUCCUCAACCAUUCAAUCUUCUGCUACGUCUAAAAUGAAACCCACUGCAGCCACACGCACUUCCAACACUGUCAAUCAUGCAAGAAUACCUGGUGGGUCCAAACAGCCAAUAACAAAUCGUCCAAAAGCAAGCUCUACCUCAACUGCAAAACCACCUCUAUCGAAACGAAAGGCAGAAAUAUUGGACGAAGAAGAGGAAGAAGAAGAUGAAUAUGAAUAUAGUGACGAUGAGGAGGAGCUUUCUCACGACAGAUAUGUCCCACCUCCAAAUCCAUAUGAUCCAUAUGCAUUUGAUCGAUUACGAGGAAACGAUGAUUAUAGACCUGGUUCCAUUGCUCGACUUUUCUUGCGCCCAAAUCAAAGAUGUUACCAAAAUUAUGGAGACUAUGACGAUGAUGAUGACAUUGAGGAAGCAGGAUAUGACGAUAUUGAAGAAGAGGAAGAAGAAGCUGAAAGAAUUGCUCGAUUAGAAGAUGAGAGAGAAGAACGAUUAGAAAAGCAGAGAAGAAAAGAACGUGAAAUGCGAAAGAAAAUGAAAAUGAAAUAG